AUGGGGAGUUCGCAGCAACAGAAACAGCAAGAGCAAGUGAGUGGUGGAAAUAACAUCCAUCGGAUCGAAGCCAUUCCAGAGACACCACCAGCCGGCGGACAAUACAAUCAGAUUCAUGAGAAACAGAAGCCUGAAUGGAGAAAUUUUUUGUCAUAUGUUGGCCCGGGUUUCUUGGUCUCAUUGGCAUAUCUUGAUCCCGGAAAUUUGGAAACUGAUUUGCAAGCUGGUGCAAACCAUGGAUAUGAACUACUUUGGGUGAUACUUAUCGGAUUAAUCUUCGCUCUAGUUAUACAAUCGCUUGCAGCUAAUCUUGGCGUAAGCACGGGCAAACACCUCUCAGAACUGUGCAAGGCUGAGUACCCCCGAUAUGUCCGAUACUGCUUAUGGAUACUAGCUGAGAUUGCUGUCAUAGCAGCUGACAUUCCUGAAGAAGAAAAUAAUUCAUUUACCAUUAAUUUCUCUCUAUAUCUAUUUAUGUCGAUCUUUGAGUACAAUGGAAGCGCCCUAGUGGCAAUGGUUGGGAAGAAUUGCUUCGCAAUCGCAAGUGACCGGAGGCUCGGGGUGCAAUUGCAGACCAUCGCCACGGAUUUCCAGAAGAUCUACAAAAUCCAUGAUAAGCUAUUUAUAGGUCUAUCUGGACUCGCCACUGAUGCUCAAACCCUGUAUCAACGUCUUGUUUUCCGGCACAAGUUAUAUGAGCUAAGAGAAGAGAGGGAUAUGAAGCCUGAAACUUUUUCUAGCCUUGUAUCUGCCCUUCUUUAUGAGAAAAGGAGGAGUAGUAUUUGA